UUCCCCCUGCCCAGCUACACUACCAGGCAGGAGUCCCCAGCAGCACGGCGCGCAACACAACACACUGACAGCUGCGACUGACUCACAACCGAGGGGGGAAAGAUGGAGCACAGAGACGCCGACUUCAACAUACUGUUAGCGACCGAUUCAUACAAGGUAACACAUUACAAACAGUACCCUCCCAACACGAGUAAAGUGUAUUCCUACUUCGAGUGCCGCGAGAAGAGGACAGAUUCCACCAAAAGCAGAAAAGUCAAAUAUGACAAAACGGUCUUCUACGGCCUACAGUACAUCCUCCACAAAUACCUAAAAGGAAAGGUUGUGACUCCGGAGAAGAUCCAGGAGGCAAAGGAAGUAUACAGAGAACACUUCCAGGAUGACGUUUUCAACGAGAAGGGCUGGAAUUACAUUUUGGAGAAAUACAAUGGACACCUGCCCAUUGAAAUCAAGGCAGUGCCAGAGGGGAGUGUCAUUCCUCGAGGCAAUGUUUUGUUCACAGUGGAGAGCACGGACCCUGAAUGCUACUGGCUCACCAACUGGGUGGAGACCAUCCUGGUUCAGAUCUGGUACCCCAUCACUGUGGCCACCAACUCCAGAGAGCAGAAGAAGAUCCUCGCCAAGUACCUCCUAGAGACUUCUGGGAACUUGGAGAGACUAGAGUAUAAACUACAUGACUUUGGCUACAGGGGCGUCUCAUCACAAGAGACUGCAGGCAUCGGGGCCUCCGCCCAUCUGGUCAACUUCAAGGGCACAGACACGGUCGCAGGCAUCGGAGUCAUUAAGAAGUACUACGGCACCAAGGACCCUGUGCCAGGCUUCUCAGUGCCUGCUGCAGAACACAGUACCAUCACAGCGUGGGGAAAAGACCAUGAAAAAGAUGCGUUUGAGCACAUCAUCAAACAGUUUCCCAGUGUGCCCGUAUCCAUAGUCAGCGACAGCUACGACAUCUACAAUGCCUGUGAGAAGAUCUGGGGAGAAGACCUACGGGGGCUGAUAGAGAAGCGCAGUGCAGAUGCUCCGCUGGUUGUCCGGCCAGACUCAGGAAACCCUCUUGAUACUGUUUUGAAGGUUUUGGAGAUCCUGGGUAAGAAGUUUUGUCCAGAGGAGAACUCUAAAGGAUUUAAGGUUCUCCCUCCUUACAUCAGAGUCAUACAAGGAGACGGAGUUGAUAUCAACACACUGCAAGAGAUUGUGGAGGGUAUGAAGCAACACAGGUGGUCCAUUGAGAACAUUGCCUUCGGCUCCGGAGGGGCUCUGCUGCAGAAACUGACCAGAGAUCUGCUCAACUGUUCCUUCAAAUGCAGCUAUGUGGUCACUAAUGGACUGGGGGUGAACGUGUUCAAGGACCCGGUGGCAGACCCCAACAAGAGGUCAAAGAAAGGUCGACUGUCUCUGCACCGGACGCAGAGCGGAGACUUUGUGACCCUGGAGGAGGGCAAGGGCGACCUGGAGGAGUAUGGCGUGGACCUGCUACACACAGUCUUUCAGAACGGGAAGAUUGUGAAGACGUACACAUUUGAUGAAGUCAGAGACAAUGCAAAGCUCAAAGAGAGUGAGCUUAAAGAGUUGCUGCACUGAGAGCAACACUACUAAUCCCCCACCCCACCUCCCUAACCCCCCCCAACCAGAAAAAAAAAAAAAAAAAAAAACCUCCCCCUUCUAUCACUUCACCUUUUGGCCUCCGACAUCACCCCAGAAAGUGGAGGUAGCGUGCACUGCUAAUAGACCCCUAAACCCCUGAAGCCUGAGAAUCCCCUGAAAGGUUCCUUAAAAAAACCUGACACUCCCUGACAAUUUGCAGAACUUCCCUCGGUUCCAAAAUGCUGUUUGGAUGGUUCUUUAAUGGAGGGGGAGGGGUUUUGAAAACUCCCACACCUCUGUUCAACGGCAAACACCCCAUGAGUGUGAGGAGGGGGAAGAGAGAGAGAGAGACAGAGAGAGAGAGAGAGAGAAAUGUGUGAGAGGUAUAGUAAGCGACAGGAAUAGCAGUCGUGUAGAGCGAGAGAAGUUUUUGAUUAUGAUGAUGAAACCGUGACUUCACAUCCCUGUGCUGCUGCCCCAAAUUGAUUUUUGUAUUCGUGAUUAUAAGUGUGUUGCACUGAUAGGCCGGACGCAUGGCAACGUAAAAGAUUAUGAGUGGCAACGUGUCAGAGACGCAAAAGCCAAUGAUAUAUGAUUGUAGGGUUUUCGAAUGAGCUCCCGGCGGCCGCAUGAGGAGUGAACACAUGGCGAGUCAAAGCGAGAACGGUCAUGACAGAAAGAGAAAUAUGAAGCCACACUCACACCAACGACCGUGCCCCGUGUAUUGUGUACAGAACUGUUUGGAGAAAAAAAAAAUACAUGUCUGAAUCUACUUAGCUUUGUCUUUUAUGUGAAGGAAGCAAAGGAUGAUCAUGGUAUAUAGCAUUGCACCUUUAACACUGAUUGACAACAGCUGUUGUCUUGCUUUGAGUUGGUAACAGAGAAGACCAUGAACACUUACCGUCAUUAUGGAUGAUGAAGGAAUACAUUUUUCCCCACUUUUCUUGCUUUUAAUCAGUAGUUACGGCCAAAGUUAUAAAGGCCAACAUCUAUCAAGUACUAUAUGAGUAUUUUGUACUCUUACUCUAAAUAAAAUGUUAUUGGUGCAUCUCUGAAGGUAUAUAAAUGAUCAUCUACUGCCCACAGUGCAUUCACAUCAUGAAGGCUCAAUCCAAAAUGCAAUUGUACCAGGAAAAUCCCAAAUUCGGCUCAUGGAGGGAAGAUUUAUCCAAUCUCAAAGUGAUGUUUUUAAUGAUUUUUGAAUUCCAGAUUCAGGUCUGUUUCCACAUGUGUAACCACUGGACUAAAUUCUCCAGAAUUUGUGGAAAAUAAUGAAUGAGUAAAUUAAGAAAAGAUAAUUUUCCAUCAAUAAUGCAGUGUUGACAGAGUCCUGGAGAGGCCCUAAAUCUUUACAAAACUAAGUAGACAAGAUUGGAUUUUCCUAAUGGACUAGGAAGAGUGAAAAAUUUCGGAUAGGAGCUUCAUGAUGGUGAAUGCUCUUGAAAUCAGUCUUUGCUGUAUAAGACCAAGAGCUGAUGUAAAAAGAAAAAAAGAAAAAAAUGAAAUACAUCGCAGAAAUUUUCUUCACUGGAAUGAAGAUGAUUUAACUAUGUGUUUAUGAAAGAUUACAUAUGUGGCUCCUGGGGUGAAAUGUAUGUUAAAUGUUGGUUUCUGAUGUGUGUGUGAUUGGAUCUGUGUGUGUGCGCGUGUGCGUGUGCGUGUGUGUACUUUCUUCCUUUAAAGGAUUGUGUAGUAUUCCUUUAUGCAAAUGUACUUGUUGAUCGGGGGAAUAGAGAACACUCUUCCUUUUACUUUGCCGGCCUUUUGUUCUGAAAGGAAACACAGCAGUGUGACAAACAGGUGAUGAUACACUAGUGAGUCUGUUUUUUGUUUUGUUUUUUUCCCUUCGGGCAAUGUCAAACCAACCACGAGGCAGAAAAGUGAGACACAGGAUCAGAAAUAUUUUCUGACAGCAAUAUGUACCAGCCAUGCUUUGGCAGCUGGUGGAGCACAGUUGCUGAUGAGCAAAACAUUGCCCUUAAUAUCACUGCCUUAACUCAUGAAAAUGGAAACAGAGAAACACAGAAGUCACUGGAAAAGUGUGGAUGUGCACAGUGAUGGCACUUUGCACUCCUGUUUGGAUUCAUUGCCCAGGUAUAAAUGGAAUGGCCUUUUGGAGUUGAUUAUCUUCCCAUUCAGAGCCUCUCAGUUGGGUGUCACUCCUGCGUUCGGUCACAGUGCUGAGUUGGCCUUUUUCAGAGUGAGGGGGUUUAUUUCUGUUGCAGUGCUUGGAGGGAUUUCCGCAAGAGUAAGGGGCUGGUGACAUCACAAAAAACAUGAUGGAAAUUUUCAGUGUACAGUAGAUGCGGUGUUCCUCCUGUCUUAAGUUUUUGUAAAAUAAAAAGGCAGCCAGUAACGCGACACAUUUGGCUCUAGGGACAGCAGUGUUGGUCAGUCGGUCGGUCGGUCCACUACUUUGGUCCAGAAGUAUCUCAGCAACUACUGGAUGAAUUACCGUGAAAUUUGGUGACGACGUUCAUGUUCCCCCGCAGGAUAAAAAGCAUUCACUUUGGUGAUCCCUUAACUCUUCAUCUAGCGCAUUAUCAUCAGGUCAAAAUUCUAAAUUGUCCUAGACUUCAGUUUAUAAACAAAUACCUGCAAAACGAAUGACAUCCUCAUCUGCCUCAGCUGUACUUUAGUGCUAAUUAGCGAAUGUUAGCAUGCUAACAUGCUGAAAUAUGCCAAAUAUCACUAUGUUAGUAUGCUGAAAUUAGCAUUUGUCUCAAAGAACACCCACACAGAGUUACUAGCGUAGCCGGAGAAUGUCUUUUUUAAAGUAAAGGUUUAUUGUGCGUCUGUACACUCUUCCCCCUGCUGCUUCGCAUUCAUAGCUUCGCACGUUCUCACCUGGGAGCUGCCCUCUGCUUUAAAAGUCCACAAAGUGUUUGCCACUGAGCAGCUUGACUGCAGCUAUUAGAGCCUCAGUGACCUUAUUCACUUUCCCCAUGGACACUAAAAGUCAGAGAAAGCUAGCAGUCUUUAGUUUAGACAUAGAAGAAACCUGUGAUGUCACUGACUCCCAUCUCUCGCUGCUGGCUCACACAAACCUGCUCAAUCUUAGACAAGCUGGUAAACACAGCUAGUCACUACUGAAACAAUGUCACACUAUUCUCUUUUAUUUUUUUGUUCUGUUUCCGUCACUGCUGUUAUCUGUCAAAUCAUCUGUUGUUCAGUUGUUCUGGAGAAACAACACAGUUGUCCUCUUUUCUUUUCCAAUUAUGGGGUGCAUUUUAGUAAAAUUUUGAUUUUACUAUUUUGAUACUGUCUCGGUUCUUACCUCAGAGAAAUUUUAUUUUGUAUGACAAAGGAGAAAAAAUUGCCAGAAAUAUUGAAGUAAAUAUCCUUAUUUACGAACGAUGCGGCCAUACUGCCUUCUAACUUGUACAUACAACAACUAGUUUGGCUGGAAGCAGAGAGGGCAGGUUAGGGAGACGACCACACCAGAUAAUAUUAUUAUUAUUUUUGUCAGAAUGACCAUUUUUGUACCAACAGAAGAAUAUCCAAAACUGCUUGACCUAACUGGCAGUGUGACUGUUUUUUUUUUUUUCUUCUUUUUGUGACUGUCAAGCUUUUAGCUUCUCUGUGUGUGUGUGUGUGUGUGUGUGUGUGUGUGUGUGUGUGUGUGUGUGUGUGUGUGUGUGUGGUGUGUGUGUGUGUGUGUGUGUGUGUGUGUGUGUGUGCCUGCGUGCGCGCGCGAGCGUGAGUGCGUGUACAUGCGUGCAGUCUUGUGUGAAUGCUUCGUGUGUAUUGGAUGAAAAAGUGUUUGUGAAUACUUUUUUUUUUCUUUAUGUUGUUGUUGUUUUACUUGUAUGUAUAUGUUGGUUGUCCCAAAUUCUCUCCCAACACAACUGAUAUUUUAACUAACAUAACUUGCUAUAUUGUCAACAAUACACUGAUUAAAGAUGCCACCCUGGUUGAUUUA